UGUGUGUGUGUGUGUGUGUGUGCGCCCUGCGCGCGCGCGCUUCCACAGGACCAGGAAGAGGAGCCUCGUUGCCAUGGUAACAUCAACACAAAAGCCCGAUUAUACGUGCGAGAAACUCCAAGCGGCGGCGUGUCCCAAAACCACUGGGCUGCCGAGGGAAGUGGUGAAGUGGCUGCGGAGCCUCGACUUGACACUUUAUCCGAAGAAUGUGCGCAGGGACUUCUCCAGCGGUUACCUUGUGGCGGAGAUAUUUUCUCGUUAUUACCCCCAAGACUUCCCCGAGCAUUCGUACGACAAAGGAACAUCACUUUCUGCCAAGCAGAAGAACUGGAGCCGGAUGGAGCGGUCUUUACAGAAGCAGAACUUGCACCUGACCAAGGAGGCUGUUGACGGAACCGUUCACUGCAAACCGGGAGCAGCCGAGCUGCUGGUGCAGGAGGUUUAUGAGAUUUUAACGAACAGGAGUGUCAGGGACGCCGAGCGCCCGGGCUUGGACUUCACUGACCGAGAGUACCAGGAGCGGCUGCCCACGCUGGCGCGCCCCACGGCCUCCACGGCCAUCAAGAGCAACCUGGCGACGACGGAGACGAUGGCCGAGCCCGACGUCAGCACCAACCGGAGGAAGGCCGAGGUCAUCCUCCGCCGGCACCUGGAGGACAGAGCUGCAGAGAGGGCGCUCCACCCAGAGUCGACGUGGAGGGAAGACGCGGUUUCCUUUAAGGAGAUGAAGGCGCAUCACUCUGUCAGACGCUCCCUGGUUCAACCGUUAAAGAAACAGGACGGAGAUAUGUGCUUUAACAUUGGAGUGUGUGCGUGCGUGUCACUCCACGUAUUGCUAUGGUUUCCACAAUAAUCAUAACUAUUAUGCCACAGAAAUAUUUACGUGGGUGUAGCUUGUUUUGAAAGGAAGAUGAUGUCACUGUUUUUUUUUUUUUUUAAUGGUUUAUGUAACGGUAACAGCGUCUCAGCCUCUCUAUCAUGUCAGGACUAUGUGUGUUUGCACCAGAAGGUGGCAGCUUAGAGGCGCGAGCAGAGUUCUGCUCUGUGGUUUAUUUGGACUACAUCUGCCAGUAUAUGUGAACCAUUGAUAAAAAAAAGAGGAAAUAA